AUGCGGGCUACUUCCGAAGAGAUCAAGAAGGUGAACGAGGCUCAUGGGGCAACCCUCGUCACGAAAGAUGCUGAGAUUACUUCCCUUCUUGCGAGGAUCAAAGAGCUAGAGGGCGAGCUAUCAGUGGAAAAAGCCAAAGCCACUGAGGCGAGGGAACAAGCCGCUGACAUUGCCUAUGACAGUCGCGAGCGGGGCUUCUACCUCGCCAAGGACCAAGCUCAACACUUGUUCCCGAAUCUUGAUUUUAGCGCCAUGGGAGUGAUGAAGGAAAUCACUGCUGAAGGAUUGUGUCCUAAACACUUUAGAAAUGAAGUUGAGAUCCUAACUGGUCUAGUGCACCCAAAUCUGGUGUCACUCAAUGAAUGCACUGCUCGCAAUAGCCCUGAGCUUCUCCUUGUGUAUGAGUACAUCUCCAAUGGAACUGUUGCUAAGCAUCUUCGCGGUCGCCGAGCCAACCCUGCACUCUCUUGUCCAAGUCGGAUGUGUAUUGCUGUGGAGACCGCCAGUGCGCUCAAAUAUUUUCACGCAGCUGAAGUCAUCCACCGAGAUGUGAAAACCGAUAAUAUUCUGCUUGACAUGCAUUUUCAUAUCAAACUUGCAGAUUUCAUUCUUUCACGUCUUCUCCGGCAUGAUGUAUCGCAUGUUACAACAGGUCUACUAGGGACACCGGGGUAUGUGGAUACAGAGUACAGUCAGUGCUAUCGGCUUACCAGCAAAAGUAAUGUCUACAACUUUGGAGUUGUGCUGAUUGAGCGUAUAUCAUCCUUACCUACGUUUGAGUGGCAUACAACAGAAAACCUUUUGGCCAACAUUGCAAUCACCAAAAUUCAGAACCAAAAAUUGCAUGAGCUGGUGCACCCAUCACUUGGAUUUGAUUCAGAUAGCAAGGUCAACCAAAUGAUCAGUGGUGUGGUCGAGCUAGCAUUUCGGUGCUUGCAGAGUUCCGGAAGUUUGAGACCUUCCAUGGACGAAGUUCUGAGUACCCUCUAG